UCAGUCCCCUCUGUUUCCUCUCUUCGUCGUCGAUUGUUUCUGGAACUUUCCAAGCGAUUUCUCUCUUCUUCGUCGACAAUCUUCUGACGAACGGAACCAAAUCCCUGAAGCAGGAAGCGCUAGCUUGUUGCUCCCUAGCUUGGAGAUUUCAGCACACAGUUCUGCUUCGGGUCUACGAGGGUUCUUUGGACUCUGCUGGUGCACAUUCAGUGAAGAAUGGAAAAUACUAAACCUAACUCUGAUUCUGCUACUGAUUCAAGCUCUGCGGGUAAUGACAAAGAGAAAUCAGAUGAGAAGAUUUUUGUGAACCAUGCUGAGAUUUCUUGGCACGAGAUGAGAAAACAGUGGGUUGGGGAUCCGUCUAAAAGGACUUCAAGUAAACAAGCUGAACCUGUCAUAAGCUUUAAUGCGACUUACGAGGAUCUGCUUUUAUCCAAUGCACCCUUUCAGAAGCCCAUCCCACUAGAUGAAAUGGUGGAUUUUCUGGUUGACUGUUGGCUGGGGGACGGCCUUUUCGACUAAGAUCUCCAGAGAUGUCCUCUCCAUUUUUAUAUCCUCGGUACAGAAUUUAGUUGCAAUCUUUAGGGUUAGAGGAGAAACCUGACAUCUCUCUGGCCGAAGUCCUUGAGGUUUGAAGUUGGAUUUCAUUGCCAUGCCGUUAAGAUGACUAUAGGUAUAUCAGCGCAUCAUGUCAUGAAACUGUUAUUAACACACGGCACUGCUUUUCUCAUCUUUCUAAAAAAACAUUGUGACGAGUCUGAUCAUUUAUCCGUGUUCUCGUGUUUUUACGAUUCUGAGAUUGGUUCAUCUAUCGUGACAUAGAGAUGAAGCAGAGUUUUUCGGCUGAAGUGUUUUGUCCUCAUCCUCGCGGGGUUUUGGGCAUCCAAACUUGGUUAGGUAGGAUUUGGCAAGUGCCAAUUAGCGUUGAGGAUGUGGAUAGCCUUUAUCUGAAUAUUCUCCCUUUUAUUCUUUACGGAAGUGUUUUCUUCUCAGAAAAACCUCUUUACACAUAAAAUGCGAUCCGAUAAGACUUAUACUGUAUCAAGUUAAAUUAGAAAAUAAUAAUAAUUCAACUAUUCUGUGUCGAAAUUAAUGGGGGAUUCUUGUGGUUGAACCUGCAAAUUUUGCAAUUAAAAAAGGGAACGUCUCUGACAUAUUCUCUGAUUACAACACCAACACCAAAUUAGAUUCAAUGCAUAUAGAUACUUUUUUGUAUAUACAUUGUUUUUUUACCUGAAAAGGGUUGGGUAUGGGAUUUGCAGUAAUAUCUCUCAUCUCAAUAAAUUUGUUUCCGCAGAUAGGAUGAGAUCUUUUAGUUGGGAAAAAGCGAGAAAAGUUUUCAUUUACAAUUUUCUCGGAAGGAAAUCUCUCUCUUGUUUUGUACUUCCAAUUCCUGGAUUUUGGUUGGUUGUGGCAAUAAAAAAAGCUGAAAACUUUAGAAAACCCAAGAUUCAACAGCCAGGAAGGACCUGUCCUCUUCUCCCCUUCUCUUCUUUCUCCGGCAACCUACGCUAAAAUUUCCUACCGAGUUAGAGUUCGAGUUCGAGUUCGUCCAGAGAAGG